AUGGCGCAGCAUGACUUUGCUCCAGCCUGGCUUAAUUUUCCCACUCCACCAUCAUCAACAAAGCCCUCAUUGAAUUUUGAGAAGCAUUCUGAACACUUUUCAUGGACAGAAAAUCGUUACGAUGUGAGUCGUCGACGACACAACUCUUCAGACGGCUUUGAUUCUGGUAUUGGACGUCCCAGUGGAGGUAACUUUGGAAGGAAAGAGAAAAAUGGAUGGCGCGCACACGGGAGAAAUGGCACGGAGAACAUAAACCACCGAGGGGGCUACCAUGGCGGGAGUUCCCGGUCUCGGAGCAGUGUUUUCCAUUCUGGAAAGAGCCAAGGACUCCACGAAAACAGCAUCCCUGACAAUGAGCCAGGGAGGAAGGAAGACAGGAGAGAACGCAAGCAGUUUGAGGCUGAGGACUUUCCGUCUUUAAAUCCUGAAUAUGAGAGAGAACCAAAUCAAAAUAAGUCUCUAGCUGCAGGCGUAUGGGGCCUACACGCCCAGACACACACAUACCCAACCAAAAAAAUCUCCCAAGCUCCUCUCUUAGAGUACCCUCCGAACCCCACAUCUCGAGCGCCCAGGAUGCUGGUCAUUAAGAAAGGCAAUGCCAAGGACUUGCAGCUGUCGGGGUUCCCCGCGGGAGGGAACCCCCCGUCACAGCCAGUGAAGAACGGGACUGGCCCCAGUGUUUAUAAAGGCUUGGUCCCUAAGCCUGCUGCUCCGCCCACAAAACCUACUCAGUGGAAAAGCCAAACUAAAGAGAAUAAAGUUGGGACUUCUUUUUCUCAUGAGUCUACAUACGGUGUUGGCAACUUCAAUGCUUUUAAGUCAACAGCCAAGAAUUUUAGUCCAUCAACGACGACAGUGAAAGAGAGUAAUCGCUCCAAUUCCUCUUCACCUGUUGACAAACUCAGCCAGCAGCCUCGGCUCACCAAGCUGACCCGAAUGCGCACGGACAAGAAGAGCGAGUUUUUGAAAGCGCUGAAGCGGGACCGAGUGGAGGAGGAGCGUGAGGAGGAGAGCCACGCUGGCUCCGAGAAGGAUGAAGACUCAUUUAAUUUGCAUAACAGCAAUAGUACUCACCAGGACAGAGAUAUAAACCGAAACUUUGAUGAAAAUGAAAUCCCACAGGAGAACGGCAAUGCCUCUGUCAUUUCCCAGCAGGUCAUCCGGUCCUCAACCUUCCCGCAAACGGAUGUUCUCUCAAGUUCCCUUGAAGCAGAACACAGAUUGUUAAAGGAGAUGGGCUGGCAAGAAGACAGUGAAAACGACGAGACAUGUGCUCCCUUAACUGAGGAUGAAAUGAGAGAAUUCCAAGUUAUUAGUGAACAGUUGCAGAAGAAUGGUCUGAGGAAAAACGGUAUUUUGAAAAACGGCCUGAUCUGUGACUUCAAGUUCGGACCCUGGAAAAGCAGCACUUUCCACCCCACGAUCGAGAACGACGACACGGAGACGAGCAGCAGCGACACGUCCGACGACGAUGACGUGUGA